CUUCCGCUCCUCUGAUUGGUCAGUUCAGGCCAGCUGGCUGUGACGCUGCAGGCAGCAGCAGUUGUGGACGGUCGUUAGUGCCAUUUCUUUAUUUUGGUUUGAUUGCUUCUGCGCGCAGGCUCAUGCCACUCCGUGUGGUUAGACUGAAGCGGGUUGUGGUCCAGGCCUGGGUGUGAACCCUGUCUGUGUGGCUCCCUAUCGAGAUGUCGUCGGCCGAGCAGGACGGGACCUGCAGUCAGUUUAAUAAGUUUGAGAAACUGUCGUGGAGGCCCUCCAUCCGUGACUCAGGCUCCAAGAAGCGUGCGAGGUGGCUUCAGGCUCGGCGCAUCUUCUCCCCUUCCUGCCCCAACUUGCGGAUCCCCAACAGGUUUCUGAGAGAAGGACACUGUGUACCCCCCGCCCGGAGUGGACACCGCUGUGUUGCAGACAGCACCAACCUGUAUGUGUUUGGAGGCUACAACCCUGACUUUGAGGAGGCAGGCGGGUCAGAGAAUGAAGACUACCCUCUUUUCAGGGAGCUCUGGCGAUUUCAUUUUGCCACAGCCACCUGGCAGCAGAUUCGCACAGAGGGUUACAUGCCCACAGAGCUGGCCUCUAUGUCAGCCCUAGUGGAGACUGAUUGUGUUCAUGUCUCGCGCUCAGCUGUUCUACACGGCAACAACCUGCUUGUGUUUGGUGGCACUGGGAUUCCAUUUGGUGAAAACAACGGCAAUGAAGUCCAUGUUUGCAAUGUUCAGUACAAACGAUGGAACCUGCUCAACUGCAAAGGGAAGAAACCCAACAAGAUCUACGGACAGGCCAUGGCCAUCAUAAAUGGCUACCUCUAUGUGUUUGGCGGGACAACGGGCUACCUUUACAGCACCGACCUGCACAGGCUGGACCUGACCACCAGAGAGUGGACCCACCUCAAACCCAACAACACUCCCUCGGAUUUACCUGAGGAGAGGUACAGACAUGAACUAGCUCAUGAUGGACAGAGAAUCUACAUUUUAGGAGGUGGGACUUCCUGGACGUCAUAUCCCCUGGACAAGAUCCACGCAUAUAACUUAGAGACAAAUCACUGGGAGGAAAUGGUCACCAAACCCCAUGAAAAAAUAGGAUAUCCUGCUGCCCGCCGUUGUCACAGCUGUGUGCAGGUCAAAGAUGAAGUGUUUAUAUGUGGUGGUUAUAAUGGAGAGCUGAUUCUAUCCGACUUGUGGAAGAUCAACCUGCAGACAUUACAGUGGACCAAGCUGCCUGCAGCCAUGCCAGAACCAGCCUACUUUCACUGUGCUGCAGUCACUCCGGCUGGCUGCAUGUACGUCCACGGCGGCGUCGUCAACAUGUCUGGGAACAGAAGGUCCGGCUCUUUGUACAAAGUGUGGUUGGUGGUGCCCAGCCUGCUGGAACUGACCUGGGAGAAACUGCUGAAAACUUUCCCUCACUUGGCCCAGCAGUCCACCCUUCAGCUGCUCAGCAUGGGACUGACGCACACACUAAUUCAGCGGCUCAAGUAGAGGAAGCACAGAGACUGAAGGAAGCGGCAUGAGAGGGACCAGCACUAACUCUAAAAUCAGUGACUAGGAAAAAAAAAGUAUUUGAAAGGACAGAGAUGCUGUUGUUGGAUAAUUGUGAAAAACUUUUAAUGCCUUUUAACUUGAGUUUUAUGUAAAUGUGUGUGCUUUUUAUUUAUUUUUUAAUUGCAAAAUGCAAUGUUUUGUGUUUCUCAGUAUGAACGUGUUAGAUUUAAAUCUGCAUGCAUCAAUGUGGACACAACAAUCGCUCUUUCUUGUGCUUUGGUCUCGUCAUUCCCCAGUUUGUUUGUGUUUUUACCACACAUCACUGUUUAAACUUUUGGAGCAUGAGCAGGAAUAGUUAAAUGUUCCAACGACCUUCUUGAGAGGCAAAAUGAAUGUUGCAUCUGCUAGUGCCAUUUUAGAUUAAAUUCAGAGACGGAGAUUAGCUCGUGUCACUGAUGCACACUGUGCCAUUUUUGACACAUGAUCAGUCAGCUGCUGCUACGCCCACUGUGACAUAAGCUAGAUAAAAAAUGACUGUCAAACAAUGCUGAUACAAACUUAAAUUUCCAUUUAGUUAGUAUACAAAUCAGCCAGAUUCUCUGAAAAGAGGUACACUGAUGAAGCAUGGACACUUUAUAGCUGGGAUACCUAAAAGUCUAUUUAGGUCAAUUAUUUAAGGCAUCAUGUUUUAGUCUCAAGGGCUUUCUGAUAGUGAGCUGUGAUUGUAACUGUACGGUACAGAUUUAAAGAUGUUCCCCUCACUAGUCACAUUAAGCCUUGUGAUCAGAUGAAAACUCAAGCCAUUUUAAACCUCCUGACACAUGGCAUCACUGUGAAUCUUCUAGUGCCUCUUCAACUAUUCUUCCUCUUUUAGGAAACAUUAAGCUUAAUGAGUUGGACAUUAAUGUAUACACCUGUAGCUCCACAGUGAUUCUUAAGCCUUUUUAUUUCUACAUUUGGUGCCUUCUGAAUUUCCAAAAUGUCACAAACCUUGUUUUUACAUCUCUGUAAAUCAGUCUGGGUAAUAUUUUUGAUUUGUUCAGAACUUUCAUAACUGUGCACACUUAGCCUUUGUGAUCUACCCGGUGUUCUCCACACGAACGCUUUGUUGCUGAAGCUUUCUGUUCAUAAUUAAUCAGGAGAUGCCACAAACUAAAUCAUUUCCAUUAACUGAAUUACACAGACAUUUAUCUAUUUAUUUGAAUCACUGUGCUGCUGCUUUAUUUUAUUACAAAACGUUGAGAUGUAGCAGAACAUGUAGCUACAUUUCUUUCUUUUUUCCCCACUUGAUUUCAUUGUCAAUUCACUUCCCUUUUUAAACUAGUGAUAAGGUAGAGUAUGUAAGGCGUACUCAGGAUGUGAAAUACUGUGAUCAGGCCGCAAACAUUCACCAUCGCCUAAAUGUCAACACGCUUAGUCAUUUUUGCGGCACAGACGACUGAUGAUACAAAUAUUUUGUGGUUACUGCGUUCUGUAAAUCUUAAAUACUGUAACACUCCCA